GGUUCCUUGAUGCUGGUGAGGGGCUCUUGAUCUAGGGAAUUGGAUCUGUGCUCCAGUUUCCUGAAUUAAGCCUGAAUACCUUCCAUUCUCUCCCUCCCCCACAGGCGCUGUAUAAUCCUACGGGUUUAGCACUUCCUCAUUAUUAUGAUUAUAAUAAUGAGCUCUUAGUUAUAUACAAUGUAUUUUUUAAGAUUAUAUUUUUGUACCUGGAGUUUACCUGGAGAGAGUUCUGGGGGUCAGCGCCCCCACUUCCUGUCUGUGACCAGGCCUUAUGGUGCAGCAGGGCAUGAUCAACCAGGCUGUUACUGCUGGCUGCACGCAAUCCAAUGUACGAGCCACAGCCCGGCUGGUCAGGAACCGACUUUAGGUGCUUGUCCAGUGCCAGCUUGAAGACUGCCAGGGGUCUGUUGGUAAUCCCCCUUAUGUGUGCUGGGAGGCAGUUGAACAGUCUCGGGCCCCUGACACUUAUUGUAUGGUCUCUUAACGUGCUAGUGACACCCCUGCUUUUCAUUGGGGGGAUGUUGCAUCGUCUGCCAAGUCUUUUGCUUUCGUUGUGAUUUUCGUGUGCAAAUUCGGUACGAUGUAUAACUACUGUAACAUUUUUGAAUGGGUAAUAAAAAAAAUUAUUCAUUUUAUAUGAGGGCAUUUAAACUACGAGAAAUACCUCACACUUCUGAACAUGUAUUCUCUGAAGCAGAGGAGACAGAUACAGAAUAAUGGAUAUUUUAGAGCCUGAUCCCACACUUAGGCAGUGCCAUGACAAAGCACUGGAGUGACGGAGUUGGGAGAAACUGUAAAAUAAACCCAGUGAAGAACAGGGGAACUAUAGGUACAAUAAGAGAACACUAUUAAUAUCUGUGGGCCCAAGACUGUUCAACAUUUUGCCAGAAAAUAUCAGAUAUACUGUGAAGUACUGUUGUCAGUGCUAGAUCAGCCAGGUUAUGAUGGAUAUGUUGACCAACAAACCAUCACCAGCAACAUCCUGGUUGAUCUGGCAAGCACAAGACAUACCUGGCCUAGUGCUAGGCUGCGGAGUAGGAAAGCUCAAAACCAGUCAAAAGUAUAUAACGGGUACAGUGGUACCUCGGGAUACAAACAGCUCAGAAUGCGAACAAUAAUAUAAUUAAGCUGAAAAGAAGAGCAUAAUUACUUUGAAGAGCUUGACUAGCCUGACCCUACAUCAUGAAGAAUAUCUUAAGUAAGAUUCCUAGCGUGACCCCGCUCUACCUUGAUCAUCUUAACACACGAAGUGGCACAUCCCCUGGAUUAUGGUUAGUAAUGCUGGUACCUUUGGCAUGUAGCCCAGGUCUCAACACAGCAUACAUCAGUUGCUCUCCAACUCCUCGACUUUUGGCAUUUUUAGCACUUCAGGUUGGAGUGUGUGGCAUCCAUUUGUACAAGCAAAUGUGUGCCUCAGGCACUUACGAUAACAUGAGGAGUGAAGAUAACAGAGAAUCCCCCAUUCUACUCAGGGUUCUUAUCCAUCCGUAUACUCCAGCACUAGUCACAGCCAUUUCUCUCUCCUUUCUUUCUGACAUCCAUUUUACUAGUGCAAUAUUGGCUACAUCAUCAUGUGCAUGGAUUCUUUAUGAACUGACACAUUGGUUGUUCAGGACCUUUCCUGGAAGCUUCAGUCUAGGAGAGGGAGCCAUGGUAGGACAGACAGGAGCACUAACCAUCACAUGCUCCCUCUACAAUCUUCUCUCUACCUUUCUGCUACAGAAGAACAAGUCAGAGUUUCAAGAAAUUAGUGUUUUUCUCCAGACAGCAGUACUUGUUUUCUCAUCAAUGGUGGCUGGCCUCUACAAGUUUCCACUUCUGCACCAUCCACAAAUGUUUAUGCCAUAUAUUUGUAUGUGUGGGUCAGUCGGUGUAGCAGUUUCCUCAUUCUUACUGGGAAAGUGGACGCCACUCUGGCUACUGGAUGUGGUGACAAUGACCCAAGCUCGAUUAUCACUACUCAGCUUGUGGUUUGGGUUAGCAGUUUUCAGUGCAGCCAUUACAACCUGGGCCAGAAGAUGGUUAGAGUACUGGAGAUACAGCCCAUUGCUUCAGUUGUAUCUCGGGCAUUUUCUUCAUUCCUGGAUGAAAAGGAUCAAGGUACCCUCAUCCUCAGUCAUAUAUACUUAUUGGCUGGUGUAGCAUCACCACUUUGGCUGAGUCCAUGUGCCCUCUAUGAUGCAGAGGAAGGGUCCAGUUUGUCACCAGGGUCAGUGCUGCCUCUUCUUGCUGGUGUGCUGGCUGUUGGGAUAGGAGAUACUGCAGCUUCUGUUGGUGGAACCUAUUUUGGGCAAAAACAUUGGUCUGGGACAAAGAAAACAGUUGAAGGAAGUAUAUGUGGGGUGGUAGCUCAGCUGGUUGCUGUGUUAGUAUUAGUAUUUAUGAAUAUCGUAGAUAUGUCUCUUAAAGCUUGGGGCCAUUUUUUCAUCUCUGCUGCAUUAACAGCAGUAGUAGAAGCUCUUACAGACCAAGUGGAUAACAUUGUCUUACCGUUAUUGCUGUACACACCUCUAAUGGAUCUGUAAAUUUAGCAGUUAUAAGGGGAUAAUGAAAGGGGCUAGCAACCCCUUGUCCUGUAUAUAUUACUAAAUAUAAAAGGAGAAACUCUAAUUUUUCCUUUUGGGCCACCCUGCCUCGGUGGGAUACAGCCGGUGUGUUGAAAGAAGAAAGAAGGGGAUAAUGAAAGUAUAUACUAUUCAAAAUUAUUUAUUAAUGAUUGUCUAUUUAGUGCAAGACUUUUUCAUUACUAAAUUAACUACAGUAGACCUUCAACUAACAUGGGAGUUGCGUUCCUGAAAAUCAGCUCUAUUUAAAUUAGUAAUAUUCAGGUUGAAGACUAUAUGGGAAAAAUAAGUUUCCUUGGAGCUCAAAAAAAUGUAUAUUUGUCCUUUUUUAAAUAGACUAAAAAAAAGUCAAAAGAAAAAACUUGCCUCAAUUCUGGUUGCUGUUGCUUGUUGAUAUGAAAGUGUGUGGAGAGGCUUUGUACAAAUAUAUGACAGGCAGCAUCAGCUACUACCACCACCAUCACCUAAGGCGUCGUAAAAGCCAGUUGUUAACUCAGUUUAAUGUGUUCCUUACACAUAUGAACAGGGCAUUUCUUCCAGAUAAAAUGGGUAGGGUUCAAUAUUGCACUUCCAUGGUAACCAUCAACAACAAAAACAAUAGCUAUGCCAGUGAAGCUCAGAACCUCAUUGCAUAUCUUUGUUUAAUGACAAUUUCACACCUGAACCAACCUAUUCAACAAUGUGUAAUGUGUGUUAAAGCCAUGGAAAAGUGUAAUUGUGGAUUAUUAGCCUUCAUGCAUACCUCUCACCUUCACAGCACACCUUGAAGCUUGUUUAAUACCUCUUAAUUUUCUUCUUGGUUCUUUCACCAUCUCUAGUAUCUCUUUUUGGUACCAUGGUUAAUAUCUUAAGACGAGAUGAGGUGGUGGCAAUAUCCAAUAUCAUUCAGCCAACACUGAGUUGGGCAUGCCAUGUUUGUAGACAGCAACUGCUGGCAGCAUGAGUCAGCUGACAACUAAAAGUGACACCAGGCCACUAAGCAUGGGCUAGCAGAACAGGGCAAAAAUUAUCUGCCGCCAGAUGUGGUUUUUGUACGUCAUUCUCUAGCCUUUCGUGAUUACAUUGCAUUUUUCAGCACACAUCUGUUACAGUUUUGUUUUUCAGUCACAGAUCUUUUGGGAGAUUCUGAGAGAAACUGCAAAGGUUGGUAGAUAAAUUUGGAAGGGUUUGUAAAACAAGGAAAAAGUGAACAUAAACAGCAAGGCAGUGAAAGUAACCAAAAAUAUAGGCAAUGAGAGAUCAGAUAUCACAUUGGAGGGAGGAAAUAGAGGAUAUAAAUUUGAUAAGAUAUUUGGGGGUAAGAGUGUUUAAGUGAGGAAGAAAUAAAUAGAAUUAGGCAAGGCAUAUGAGAGAGAGUUAGAACUAAGGAAGGAGAAGUAAUAAUGUUGAAGAAUUGGUUACGACAGGAAGAGGGAAUAUAAAUGAAUAAAUUUAAGGAUUAUGUGGAUUACGAUAAAGGUUGGAUACAAAAAGUGGGUUAUACUCAGUAUUAUUCACACAUGGAAGACAUUUUGGGAGAUGUUAACCCUUUCACAGUGUGUGUCGUGGUGCUAUGCAAUGAACUCGGCUCACUCAGAUAGGCUGUGAGUGCUGAAUUUGGGACUAAAUAUGAUAGAAUGGGUCGAUUCAUUAAGUGUGCACCAUAUAAAAUAAACCUUGCAGCACAGUGCACAAUGCGACCAUGUUUGUUUAAAACGGCAACUUUGCGGUGUAUUUUUGUAUAGUUUUUAUGGUUAUACAGUGGACCCUCGCCUAACGAUAUUAAUUGGUACCUGAGAAUGAAUAUCGUUAGACGAGUUUUUUAGCGUUAGCCGAGGCAAAAUGUUAGCGUUAAAAUGUAUCGUUAGACAAAUUUAACAUUGUGAUGCGUUCAUUAGGCGAGGGUUUCUUGGUCUCAUUUGAUAGAAUGGAAGAUACAUUACUGAAAUAGAGAUGAUUUUGAGGACUCAAAAUAGCUUGAAAUGGAGCUCAAAGUAGUGGAAAUGUUCGAUUUUUACAGACGUUCAAGGGUAAACAAAACAUGUCAAAUGUCCAAUACAUGUCAACUGGUGAGUAAUAUGCAUUCACGAAUGCACUGAUAUUAUUUAUAUAAUUACAAUAUUGCAUAACAAUAAAUCUUCUAUUUUUUUGUGUGAAUAAAAAUUCAAAAUGGAAUUCGCAUGUAAAGCCUGGGAACGUGACUAAUGAACAGAGGAAAUGUUAUUUUAAGUACCAGGAAUGCCUGCAUGGUUUAUCCUUGACCUUACAGUGAUACCCUGAGUUUCGGCCAUAAUUCGUUCCGGAAAGCUGUUCGAGUGCUGUUACUGAACGAAUUUGUUCCCAUAAGGAAUAAUGUAAAUUGGAUUAGUCUGUUUCAGACUGCCAAAAAUACACCUAGAAAAGCACUUAAAAUAUUACACUUACAUAAUUGUUCAAGUUGGAAGCUAUACGAAAACUCAGGGUACAACUGUAUUUUGAAAUUGGAAUAGUUUUAAAUUUGUGUCAGAUUGGUCAAAUUAUUAAUUUCUGGUCACUUUAUUGGGUAGUUGAAAUAGUUGAUUGGGUGGUUUCUUGUGCUCAGUUGAUAAAAUAGAAGGCAUACUAGCAAAAUAGCUAAGAAUUUUGUCAACUGGAACAAUGUAAUUGGCCAAAAAUAGGAGUCAAAGUGGGCAAAAUCGCAGACGCAUAAAUAUCGCUGACAGAGCCAAAUUCGCGGUAGUGUAAUUUCAUCGGUUUUCCAUCAAAUUUCUUACUUUUUGUUUUAUUACCUUCAGAAAGAGAUUCUCUACCAUUUCAUAAGAAAAAAAAAAACACAUUUUGAAAAUUAUUUGACCCUGUGGACAAGUUUCAGGUCGGGGUCUGGACCCCUGAAAGAGUUGAGAAAGUGUUUAGGGAGUUUUGAACCAGGUGAGAUUGUUCUGGGAGACCUAAAUACUAAAGUGAGAGAAACUGUUGUAGAGGGCAAAGUUUAGGGUGCCAGGGCAUAAAUGAUAAUGGGGGGCCUUUGAUUGAAGUUUAUAUAGAAAGAGGUUUAGUAAUAGGUAAUACAUAUUUUUAAGAAAAAGAAUAAGUACACAAGAUAUGAUAUAGGAUGCAAUGACAAUAGUUUGUUGGACUAAAGAAAGGAAAACUGCAGGAGGCCUACUGGCCCAUGCUAGGCAGGACCAACUCUCACCCACUCAUGUAUAACCUAUUUUUAAAGCUACACAAAGCUUUAGCUUCAGUGAUGCUACUUGGGAGUUCCACUUAUCCACAUCUCUAUUACCAAACCAGUGCUUUCCUAUAUCUUUUCUGAAUCUAAAUUUUUCUAACUUGAACUUAUUGCUGCAAGUCUUGUCUUGAUUAGAUAUGCUUAGCAUAUUAUUUACAUCCCUUUAUUUAUUCCUGACCAUGUACUGGUGAAUAAAAGGUUGAGGGGUAGACUUCUGGAUGUGUGUGUUUUUAGAGGGACAACAGAUAUAUCAUUAUUAUUUAGUUAUAGCUAUGGUGAGAGUAAGAAUUAGAUGGGGUAUAAGGAGAAUGGGAGCAGUAAAAGAAGUGAAAGUUUAUAAACUAAGAAGGAAAACAUAGUUAGAGUAAAAUAUAAGCAACUAUUGGGAGAAAGAUGGGCUAGAGAGUAUAGGUAUUGAGGAGGUUGAAGAGAUAUAGGGUAUAUUUAAGAAUGCAGUGUUAGCAUUCAGCAGAAGUUUGUGGAUAUAGGAGGGAAGAGAAGCUAUUGGUGAACUGAGGUACAAAAAGUAGUAAGGGAGAAAAAGUUAGCAUACAAGAGGUUUUUACAAAGCAGAAGUAAUAUAAGGAGGGAGGAGUAUAUGGAGAGUAAAAAGAGAGGUUAAGAGAGUGGUGAAGGAAUGUAAAAUAAAAGUGGGUGAGGUUAUGUUAAAAAUAUUUUGCCAGUAAGAGAGAGUUUUAGAGUGAGGUUAAUACUCAGGUUAAUAGACUCCAAAACAGAAGAGGGGAGUUAUUAGAUGGGGAGUUGGAGGUACUGGGAAGAUGGCAGGAAUAUUUUGAGCUGUUAAAUGUUGAAGAAAGAAGGGCAGUGAUUUCAUGCAUUGGUCAACAAGGUAUAACAUCUAUAAGAAAUGAGGAAAAGCCAGCUGUGAGUUGGGGAGGUGUGCGAGGCUGUGGGUGAAAUGAAAGGGGGUAAAGCAGCUAGGAUUGAUGGGAUCAAGACAGAAAUUUUAAAAGCAGGUGGGGAUAUAGUUUUGGCAUACAGGCACUCCUCACUUAAUGACCUACCCAUUUAAUGACUACUCGGACUUACAACCAGCUCUCCGACCAGUCGGUAUACUGUAAAACAUUUAAAAAUACAGUGGACCCCCGCUUAACGAUCACCUCCCAAUGCGACCAAUUAUGUAAGUGUAUUUAUGUAAGUGCGUUUGUACGUGUAUGUUUGGGGGUCUGAAAUGGACUAAUCUACUUCACAGUAUUCCUUAUGGGAACAAAUUCAGUCAGUACUGGCACCUGAACAUACUUCUGGAAUGAAAAAAUAUCGUUAACCGGGGGUCCACUGCAUACUAUAAAUGUUAUAAAUGGUGCAAAGGUGACAUUAAAAGAAAAUCUAAAGAUGGUUGACACAAACCCACUAUCAGUAUAGCAUGCUUGAAAUAUCAGUAAGGGGUGGCUACUUGCUUAUUGACAAAUUUGCUUAACAACCUAGUCGUAGGAACUGAACUCGGUCGUUAAGUAAGGAGUGCCUGUAGUUAGUACUUUUGUUCAGUAAAUGUAUGAAAGGGGGGGGGAAGGUACCUAGGGAUUGGUAGAGAGCACACAGAGAUCCUUUGUAUAAAGGCAAAGGGGACAAAAGUGUGUAAAAAUUAUUGGGGAAUAAGCCUACUGAAUUUAUCAGGUAAAGCAUAUGGUCGCAUUAUUAUUGAAAGAAUUAAGGGUAAGAUGAAAAGCAGGAUUACAGAUGAACCGAGUUUUAAGAAGAGUAGGGGAUGUAUAGACCAAGUGUUUACAUUGAAGCACAUAAGUAAACAAUAUUUAGAUAAUGGUAAGGAAGUUUUCAUUACAUUUAUGGAUUUAAAAAAGGCUUGUGAUAGGGUGGAUAGGGAAGCACUGUGGCAGAUGCAGCAAGUGUAAUAGGUGGUAGGUUACUGAAAGUAGUUAAGAGUUUUUAUGAAGAUAAUAAGGCUCAGGUUAGGUUAUGUAGGAGAGAGGUAGAUUUUUUUCCCAGUAAAAGUGGGCCUUAGACAUAGAUGUAUAAUGUCACCAUGGUUGUUAACAUAUUUUUAGAUAGGGUUGUAAAAGAAGUGAAUGCUAGUGUGUUGGAGAGAUGGGUGUGAUUAAAAUGUAUAGAAUUUAGUACAAAAUUGGAGUUGAAAGUUAAGACACAUGUGCAACAUCUGGAUAUCUUUAUUGAGCCACUGGAUGGCGAAACAUCUACAAUAAAGAUAUCCAGAUGUUGCACAUGUGUCUUAACUUUCAUACUGUCGGUAUUUUAUACCUUUCUUGCACAAAACUGGAGUUGUCACAGUUGCUUUUUGCUGAUGACACUUUCCUUUUGGGAGAUUCUGAAGAGAAUUUGCAAAGGUUGGUAGACAAAUUUGGGAGGGUAUGUAAAAGGAAAUUUACAGUGAAUAUAGGAAAGAACACAGUGAUGAGGGUAAAAAAAUUUGGUAAUGAAAGAUUAUACAUCAAAUUUUAAGGAGGGAGUGUGGAGGAAGUGAAUGUGUUCAGAUAUCUGGGAGUGGACUUGUUGGUGGAUGGGUCCAUGAAAGAUGAGGUGAACCAUAAUAUAAAAGAGGGGGAGAAAAAGGUGGGUGGUGAAUUGGGACAUCUGUGGAGACAAAACAUUAUUCAUGAAGAAAAAAAAAGGGGGGGGGGGUAUGCACAAGAGUAUAGUAUUAUUAUUAUUAUUAUAAUCAAAAAAGAAGCGCAGUACCAACACUCGUAUAUGGGUGUGAAGCAACAAGUCUGGAGGCAUUGGAGAUGUCAUGUCUGAGAGCAAUAUGUGGUCUAAAUUUUAUGUAGAAAAUUUGUAAUUAGGAGAUUGGGAGGAGUACAGGAUUACAAAGUACAGUAGAACCCCCAUUGUCCACUGAUUCGGUACCCGAGGUUUCCGUUAUCCACUCUUUACUGUGGCCCAAAGAUACCUCUUAAUUUUGCAUAAUAAUGGCUCAAAGUAGAAAAGCAGUUCUUAAAGCCUAAGAGAAGCCGUGAAGUGCUUCCCAUCACUGAAUAAGUGAUAAUUCUCCACUUAUUGUACAUAAUUUAUCAAACUUUAUAAUAGGUAUGUAUCCACAGUUUUAGUAUCCAUGGCAGGUCCUUGGAACGUAUCCCCUACAGAUAUGAGGGUCCUACUGUAUUAUCCAGAGCUGUUGAGGUGGUUUGGGCAUUUAGAGAAGAUGGAGCAAAAUGGGAUGACUUGGAGAGUAUAUAAAUCUGUAGUGGAGGGAAGACAGGGAAGGGGUUGGAAGGAGGGGGUAAAGGAGGUUUGUAUGGCUUGGACUUCCAGGAGGCAUGUGUUGGAUAGGAAUGGAAGCAAGCAGUUUUUACGAAUUGAUGAGUUGUUAGUGUGUGACCAAGGUAAAAUUUAUGAAGGAAUCCAAAUUUACAAAAAAAUAUUUUAAAAACAGUCCAAAAUAAACACUAGACAUUCCAGGCACUAAAGCAACAUUCCUGUGUUUAUUACUUAUCCUCAGCCUCUUCUCCUAUUACACUUGCCCUCCAUAUUGAAUUCAUAAUUGCACAAAAUUAGAUUUACCAUAUUUCUCGGAUAAUAAAAUAUAACUGGGAAUGAUUGGUCAUGAUUUACAACCUCCCAAUAACCAAGACUAAAAAAAAAAACCCACGAAGCAGACUGGGGGAGAGGGGAGCCUUACCUGUCCUCUGGAAAAUUGUCAAAAAUGUACUGUUUCUGCUACUUUGGGCCCAAUUUCAAGGUACUUUGGUCUUUAAACCAACCAAGACCAGUACAAUAUUGUUCAUUCUAUCAAAUGGUAACAAGAAACAAGCUAAUAAGACCAUCCUAGAGAACACCUCAAACUUGCUAUUUUAAACCAAACACAAGGUCAGAGGUUUGCUUUUCCCAAUCAUUCACCAUGUGGGGGAGGUUUUUUUUUCUUAUACUGUGCACACUGAUUUUCUCAUAUCUAAGCCAAAAUUUACCACUCACAACUUAUCUGAAAGAGCUGAGCUAAAAAUGUAGAUCUACGUAAGCAGCUUUGGAGUCAAAAUUGUAGAUCUACAUAUAAAAGGGUUAAACUGUCAAGUUUAAUAAUGUUCUUUUGAAAAUUUACAUGGAUGUUUCUUGUUGAUCUGGAAAUGUGUGGAAGAGAAACAUUUGUUUGACAUAGUUACUGUGUAUUCCAUAUAAAAUGGGUACACACUCCUUCCAGAGAAAACAGAUAUUUCUAAUAAUCUGCUCUCAUUUUGUUUAAAAAGAAAAAACUGAAGACCAAUUCUUAAACAUCCAGUAUUACUAGUAUUCUUUUUUAUGUCAUGGUUAAUAUCCAGAGACAGGAUAAGGUGAUAAAAAGACAGUAAACACAAGAGGAGGGCGGGAUGGCUGUGAGGCCAAGUCAUCUGCCCAGCUGCCCCAAGCACCACCUUGGCUGGGACAGCAGGCGAUGACCAUGUUCUAGUCACUCGUGGUUUUCAACUGUUAAAUCUGUUUCUUGACCAAUCUCUUCCAAAUAAAUCUGAACACUUACAUAUGCAAUGUGAUCAUAUACAAAGUAUGAAUGCAUUUAGUUAAAAACUAACCAAGGAGAAAAUGUAAAUUCAGCCUUAACAAAAAUGUAAAUAUAAAAUCUAUGGUUCUUGACCAAUCGCUACUAAACAAACGUGAAUUCUCAAUAACUGCAUAAAAUGAACACAAUAUGAAUACUAAAAGAAAAAAAAAAUUUAAUUCAACUAUCAAAACCGAGCUGAAAGAAAUGGGAAAAAAAAAAUUAAGUCACUGUGAUUGGUGGUGAACCUUUAGAGCAAAGUGGAAAUACAGAAGUUUAAUUGCAAACGGGCAUAAUUGCAGUAGUGGUUGUCUACUGUGUAUAUUUUCCUUUAAAAAUGUGACAGGUGGAUAGACUAAGUAGUUUUUUAUAUGGUGCUACAGAGAAUGCUAUAAAAUCAAUAUGUAUAAAUCCAUCAAUAUUGUAGUUCUAGUGAAUAAUGUUAGGAACCCCGUAAUGUUCAAGGGUACAUAUAUAUGACCUGGUUACAGGAGUUUAAUUCUUAUAUAUCCUACACUUAAAAGAAAAACUUUUUUUUCUCUUUGGGCCACCCUGCUUUGGUAGGAUAUGGCUGGUUUGUUGAAAAAAUCUACAUUGCAGGGGAUUCUAAAUUUGUCCCUGAACUGUACAAAUACAUCAGCAUAACAGGCUAGGUUUGAAAAUAAAAAUGGCACUCAGCAACCUGGUCAAUGUUUCUUUCAAAACAUGCAGUGCCUCAUGUGCAGUGCCAGUGUAGAUGCCUUGCUUUGAUAACGUCAAGUGAAACUUUAGUGUGCAAGAAAAUGCAUUAAAACUGCAAUCCAUAUGAAGGAUUUUUUUUUUUUUUUUUAAGUAAGACUAAUGUUGGGAGAGGUAUAGAAGGCUGAAUAUGAUUGAUAUACAAAAUAUUUUAGGGUAUACAUAGGGUAGACAAAGAUUUCUACAAGAUGGGGGCAGAUGGGGGCAUGGUUGCAAGUUUAACACCUAAAAGCCACAAGGAUAUUAAGAAGCAUUUCUGGAAAAUAAAAUAUGAAGUAGAAUCAACUGAACAAUGACACACUUAAAGAGACUAAUUUCUUUUCGAUCAGGAGAGGAAGGUGCCUGAAAUUUUUUAUUUCUUUGAAAAUACUUGGUAUGGAAAUCAAAGGGAAUUUUCCCCAUGACAAAAUAUGAAGGUACACAUCAAAACAAAAAUAAUAAUAGCUAAUUCCUGUUGUCCCCUCAAGGGAAGUUCCUUGACGCUGGUGAGGGGCUCUUGAUCUAGGGAAUUGGAUCUGUGCUCUGGUUCCCUGAAUUGAGCCUGAAUACUUUCCAUCCCCCUCCCCCCACAUGCGCUGUAUAACCCUAUGGGUUUAUGGCUCACCUAUAAUAAUAAUAAUUCCUGUCCUUAUCUUCUAAACAUCAUAUACAACAUGUAAGUAAUAUGUUAGGCAAAUGUGAGAGAUGAAAUAUCAUAGUUAAAAGCCAUAGCUUCAAGUAUAUUGGAAUUUUACAUGCAUUUCCAGUAUUGUCAAAUCAACCAACUUCAACACUUAUAAUUCAUUAAUAAUAGAGUUACCAUACACAAAGCUUAUAACUAUAAAUAUUGUCAUAAUUAUACUUUGUAAUCAUUGAUAAAUGAACUAAAACAAUCUCUAAAAAGCAGUCUUCUCAAAUAACUAACAAGUGACAAUAGCAGCCAUGAAAACUUAAUUUCAUUUACAUAUUACACCAGUAGUGUAACUGUUUCCGCAACUCAGCAGUACAGAAUGCUGCAUGUCUUAACACGCGCUUCUUCUUCAGUGCUCUCUACACAGUGUCUUGAGCUGUGGUGGGAGGAAGAUGGAAGUGGAUGAAGUUGAGAUGUACAAAAACUUCACAGGUGUAGACCAUGUUGAUUACUUGCUGUCUGCCUUUAAUUGGUUAUUUUCUAGAUUGUGAAGUAUAAUUAUAACACGUGCAGCCAUAAGUAUAUGCUGGUAUUUGGUAAAACACAAAAUAAUAUGAUAAGUUAGUGUUAAAAUAAGUUCAUAUGACAAAGCAGGGAAACAAUGUAAAUUUUAAUAUUUUUCAGUUUUUAAUGCCAAUAUUUUUCCUCUUGGCACCUAACUUAACACAUGAUUUCCACGAUGGCGCUUGAUAAGGCACGUUAUUAAAAGUAAAAGGAUACACAUUUAAGAGGUAAGAUGAACACCCCCACCCAACUAAUCAUCACCACUUGCUGAUAAUGAACUUUCCAUCACAUGCUAACCUAAUAUCUAUAGAGCUACAUGCAUAGAUAGCUGUUUGACUAGUGUUAAAUGACUUUUGUAACAUUCGUAAUAAAUUUAGGGACAAAGAUUGCUUUCUUGAAACCAUUUUCCCCUCACUAUGAAUAUAAUUUUCCAAGGCAUAAAACAAAGGGUCUGAAUAUACAAGGAAUCCAUAUCAGAACUUAUGGUAUCCCACUGCAGGACUCGAUCAUAUUAGUCAAAAGUUAAGCAGUGGGACCAAGAGCUCAUUCCCUCCUUGCCAAGUUCAAAUAGGUAAUUACAGAUCCAUCCAAGCAUUGCCUAUAACAUGGUUCAUGAAACUUUGCUAUACGACACAGACUGUGAACUAAGGCCCACAAACGAGUUUAGACAGCAAACACUAAACCAUCAUGCAGUUUACCACCAGAAUACUAGUGAGUGAUGCAAGACCUGCUGACUGAUUCAGCUAAGAACACAGACUUUAGGGUAUAAUAUCCUGUCUUUAAUAUUUAAUCACAAUUUAAGAUUUUCAGUGGAUGUAAUCCUUACCUCUUUUUGUUACCCAUUCUAUUAUUCUACUACUGUUUACAAAGACCGUUAUAGUAUAAUUUCAACAUUACUUCAAUAGUUACAACUUGUGUUUCCCCAUUGAAUUGAAAUGAUUUACAAUCUAUACUGAUAAUGUCUUAUACAUUAUGCUAGGUCUAGAUUUAAAUAGUAUGUAAGCCUAAUGAUUAGUUUGCCUGAAAUGCAUUAUAUAAUUAGUGGCUUUCUUCUGUGCCUACAUUUGUAUCAAAUUCUGUAUAUCUACUGGCACUCCUGUAUGGCUCAUAAGAAAUAAAAUAUUUAUUAUUUUAUAUUUUUUUAAUUCUUUCUCGCAUACUUUAUUAUAUGUUGUUAUAUUUUCUCACCUUUUCCAUCAGCCAAAAAUAGCAUGUCUAAUAUGUGAGUAAAAUAAAAUGUACCAAAAUAAAAGUACUGUACUUCUGAAUAAAAAUGUAUACAGCCAGAAUAUUUCUGAGAUUAACCUUAUUACUAUAUUUGCUCCUCACUAAUAGCAUAAAAAAAAAGCACACUUACAGAAGACAAUUCAAUAUUACACUUACACAAGAGAACAUAAAAGUGAACUGUGAAAUGUUUGAAACCUUUGACUAAGGUUUUUUGGCACACUAAAAUCAUUUUUUUUUUUUUGUAAUAUAAUGCCAUGUGUAUUUAUUUAUCUAUCUUGUAUUAUCACCUUUAUGCCAAAUCAUAUUGAAAAAUUUAAUUAAAGGAAAUGCUUAAUUAACCAACUUUUCUCUAUAACAGACUUAACCAUCCUAUUUAACAGCACACCUACAAAAGUAAUAUUUAAGAUCUGGAAUUAAUGAAAAGUAUUAUUAACAUUUACCAGAUCUAAAAUAAAACAACAGCUGCAUUAGUGAUGCACUCAGUUGUUUGUAAUGCAUACUAUACAUUCUGUGGCUAUGAAUAUCUGAUAGCUGUACUUACAUCUAAGAAUAUACAAAAUCUAAAAAAAUCUUUAUAGAACAUGAAUGGCAUCACUUCAACAGGAAUUAGCUGACAAACAACAAAUGACAUACCACUAUUCACAAGUCAAAUAAAAGAAACUAUCCUACAUAAAAAAAAAAGACAAUUAUUUAUCUUCCUGGGUUACACCAACUUAAACAUAUUUUAAUGUCACUGUAAAUACAAAACA